CUUCGGGGGCAAUCGCCGCGGAAACAGGCCUUGCCAGUCUUGGGCGCACGCGCGCACGCGCAUGCGGUUGCCGAUCCUCGUGGUGCAUUUCGUGCGCUGGUUUCGGCACCGCUCCUGCAAUGUGCCAUCCAUCAGCAGCGGCCGCCCGCGUGCGCGGGCCCGCGGUGGCAGACUGAAUGAAGACGGAACGCGGCCGGCUGCCUCCCGUCCGCUGCGGGAUCCACAGGCUGGCCGCACUGCUGCUGGCGGGUCGCGCUGCAGCCGCGGGCGGCACCCGCCCGGGCGCCCGCGGGCAGAGGUCGCUGCAGCAGCAGGCCACGCGGCCGCCCGAGCGGCAGACCACUCCUCCGCAGCAGCCUGGGCCGCAGUCGGCGCUGCACCAGGCGCCGCAGCAGCCGGCGGACCCGAGGGUCCUGCGGCAGCGGGCGGCGGCAGCUGGCGCGGCCGUCGCAACCGCGGAGCGGCCGACGGUGCCAGCUUCGCUGGGCGCCCGCCCGGUGGGCUCCGCCCCGCGUGCGGCGCGCAGCGGCGGCAUCGCGCUCGUGGCGCUAGGCGCUCUGCUGCUGCCGUCGGAGGCCGCCUCCGCGCCCCAUUACCCCCCUGGACGCGCCGCCUGCCCGAACCAGGCGGAUCUGCUGCAGACUCUCCAGAUGCUCCCGUGGAGGCGCCGACGACGACGACCCCCGACGGCUACCGUUCCAAAUUUCUGCUCGACAUGUUCGGGUUGCGCACCAGCGCCAACGGCACCAGGAUUGAAGAGCUAGAGGACUUCAUGCCGCAAUGCCUCGCGCACCUGCACAGGGUGAUCCGCAGGGUCGACAGGUGGUACACCGACGAGCAACUCGGCGUACUGCUCUCCCGCGAGUGCGACCUAGACCAGACGUUCUUGAGCUACGAGGACGGCUUCAAACACCGGGAGGCAUGCGAGGAAUUCGGGGCCGACCUGACCAAGGCGCGGUUCGAAGAGCUCGCCAGCGGGUCCACGAAGGGGUACCUGGAGUUCUGUGCUAAGUUGGCCAUGAUUAUGCACGCAGGAGCCCACGACGACCGCCACGACCACGCUGGCGGAGCUGCCCGUGAGAGAAGGCUCGGAGUGGUGGUGGAACUAUUUAAUCGUCGGCAUGUUCAUUCUUGUGUUCGCAUGCCUCUUGGGCGCGCUCGUGUGCCUCAAGGUGACCUGAGGGCGCGGAAGCUGGACGGGAAGGAGGAGGCGGAGGAGGAGGAGG